ACAGACCCAUUCUCUCUCUCCCAGUCCUGGAUCUAUGGCAAGCUCAGUAGCUUCUGGUUCAUCUCUCAAGAUGGCGUUGUCUACGAGGGCAGUCUUUCUGCUGCUCUUGUCUACCUUGGUACUAUACCAUGGUCAGGCUUCUUCCAACGGAGAUACUGUCACUCGGAGAAUUCAGCAUGGAUUCAAGGACGUCACAAAUACGGCCGAGACGUUGAGAAUUGCAGCAGAGAACAUCGACAUGUUCAACGCCCCCCAGCAGGGCAUCUCUAUCGCUCAAGGACUCGCAGCCAUCAAUGCCAAGAUUGGUCAUGGCAUCGAAAAGAUGAAGACUGAGACUUUACCUGCACUCUCAGACUCGGACGCAAACCUCGUUGUGGAAUCUCUCAAGGAAUUUGUUAAAGUUCACAAGGCAAUGCUCCAUCUUGUCAUCGAGAAGACCGAGCUCCCAGCUAUGAUUGCCUCCUUCGAUCCUAUCAGGAUGACACUUGUGAAUAUGGACGACGUUGUCUGCAGCUUGGCCUCUGAUAUUGUCCAGCUUAUUCCAACCCAAAGGCCAGCUGCACAGAAGCAAUUUGCUGACCUCCAUGACACCCUUCAAGACGCCGUGCGCAAGUACAGCAUGUCUUUGGGAACAACUGAAUCAGACGGUGCUCUCACGGCCACCACGGCGAAGAUCAUCGAGGGACUGAAGACUGUCACAGACAUGUCCGACAAGCUCCGAGUGGCGACUGAGAAGAUCAACAUUUUCAACGCAGCUCAGCAGGGUGUUGUCAUCGCCACCGGAUUCACAACGAUCAUCCAGAAAGUCUCGGAAGGGAUUGUCCGAGUGGACAGAGUCACCUCAGGUCCGCUUCCAGACGCAGAUGCGCAGCUCGUUGUCGACGCCCUCACCACAUUCGUGAAGGUGCACCAGGCCUUGCUCAAUGUUGUCAUCGGAAAGCACGGCAUCAUCGCCAUGGUUCCCUUCUUCGAGCCCAUUCGGAUCGCUCUCGUGAGUCUAGAGGCCGUGAUCGACAGACUGGCGUUCGACUUGAUUGCUCUAAUUCCUACUCAGAAGAACUCUGCAACCAUUCAGUUCCAAACGCUCGACGUCACCCUGGACAAGGCCGUGAAGACCUACAGCUACAGCCUGGAAUCAGCCGAAUCAGAAGCUGCUCUCACCGCCACCACGGCGAAGAUCAUCGAGGGGCUGACGACUGUCACAGACAUGUCCGACAAGCUCCGAGUUGCGACUGAGAAAAUCAACAUAUUCAACGCAGCUCAGCAGGGUGUGGUCAUCGCCACCGGAUUCACCACGAUCAUCCAGAAAGUGUCCGAGGGCAUCAUCAGAGUCGACAGAGUCACCUCAGGUCCGCUUCCAGAUGCCGAUGCGCAGCUCGUUGUCGACGCACUCACCACAUUCGUCAAGGUCCACCAGGCCUUGCUCAAUGUUGUCAUCGGAAAGCACGGCAUCAUCGCCAUGGUCCCCUUCUUCGAGCCCAUUCGGAUCGCUCUCGUGAGUCUAGAGGCCGUGAUCGACAGGCUGGCGUUCGACUUGAUUGCUCUAAUUCCUACUCAGAAGAACUCUGCAACCAUUCAGUUCCAAACGCUCGACGUCACCCUGGACAAGGCCGUGAAGACCUACAGCUACAGCCUGGAAUCAGCCGAGUCAGAUGCCGCUCUCACGGCCACCACGGCGAAGAUCAUCGAGGGACUGAAGACUGUCACAGAUAUGUCCGACAAGCUCCGAGUCGCAACUGAGAAGAUCAACAUUUUCAACGCAGCUCAACAGGGUGUGGUCAUCGCCACCGGAUUCACGACGAUCAUCCAGAAAGUCUCGGAAGGUAUUGUCCGAGUGGACAGAGUCACCUCAGGUCCGCUUCCAGACGCAGAUGCGCAACUCGUUGUGGACGCCCUCACCACAUUCGUCAAGGUCCACCAAGCCUUGCUCAAUGUCGUCAUCGGAAAGCACGGUAUCAUCGCCAUGGUUCCCUUCUUCGAGCCCAUUCGGAUCGCUCUCGUGAGUCUAGAGGCCGUGAUCGACAGACUGGCGUUCGACUUGAUUGCUCUAAUUCCUACUCAGAAGAACUCUGCAACCAUUCAGUUCCAAACGCUCGACGUCACUCUGGACAAGGCCGUGAAGACCUACAGCUACAGCCUGGAAUCAGCUGAAUCAGAUGCCGCUCUCACCGCCACCACAGCGAAGAUCAUUGAGGGACUGACGACUGUCACAGAUAUGUCCGACAAGCUCCGAAUCGCAACUGAGAAGAUCAACAUUUUCAACGCAGCCCAACAGGGUGUGGUCAUCGCCACCGGAUUCACGACUAUCAUCCAGAAAGUGUCCGAGGGGAUCGUCAGAGUCGACAGAGUCACCUCAGGUCCGCUUCCAGACGCAGAUGCGCAGCUCGUUGUCGACGCCCUCACCACAUUCGUCAAGGUCCAUCAAGCCUUACUCAACGUGGUCAUAGGAAAGCACGGCAUUGUGGCCAUGGUCCCCUUCUUCGAGCCCAUUAGGAUCGCUCUCGUGGGUCUAGAGGCCGUGAUCGACAGGCUGGCCUUCGACUUGAUUGCUCUAAUUCCUACUCAGAAGAACUCUGCAACCAUUCAGUUCCAAACGCUCGACGUCACCCUGGACAAGGCCGUGAAGACAUACAGCUACAGCCUGGAAUCAGCCGAAUCAGAUGCCGCUCUCACCGCCACCACGGCGAAGAUCAUCGAGGGACUGAAGACUGUCACAGACAUGUCCGACAAGCUCCGAGUCGCAACUGAGAAGAUCAACAUUUUCAAUGCCCCUCAGCAGGGUGUGGUCAUUGCCACCGGAUUCACCACGAUCAUCCAGAAAGUGUCCGAGGGCAUCGUCAGAGUCGACAGGGUCACCUCAGGUCCGCUUCCAGACGCAGAUGCGCAGCUCGUUGUCGACGCCCUCACCACAUUCGUCAAGGUCCACCAAGCCUUGCUCAAUGUCGUCAUCGGAAAGCACGGCAUCGUCGCCAUGGUCCCGUUCUUCGAGCCCAUUAGGAUCGCUCUCGUGGGUCUAGAAGCCGUGAUUGACAGGUUGGCCUUCGACUUGAUUGCUCUAAUUCCUACUCAGAAGAACUCUGCAACCAUUCAGUUCCAAACGCUCGACGUCACCCUGGAGAAGGCCGUGAAGACCUACAGCUACAGCCUGGAAUCAGCCGAGUCAGAUGCCGCUCUCACGGCCACCACGGCGAAGAUCAUCGAGGGACUGAAGACUGUCACAGACAUGUCCGACAAGCUCCGAGUGGCGACUGAGAAGAUCAACAUUUUCAAUGCAGCUCAGCAGGGUGUGGUCAUCGCCACCGGAUUCACGACGAUCAUCCAGAAAGUCUCGGAAGGGAUUGUCCGAGUGGAUAGAGUCACCUCAGGUCCGCUUCCAGACGCAGAUGCGCAGCUCGUUGUGGACGCCCUCACCACAUUCGUGAAGGUCCACCAGGCCUUGCUCAAUGUUGUCAUCGGAAAGCACGGCAUCAUCGCCAUGGUUCCCUUCUUCGAGCCCAUUCGGAUCGCUCUCGUGAGUCUAGAGGCCGUGAUCGACAGGCUGGCGUUCGACUUGAUUGCUCUAAUUCCUACUCAGAAGAAUUCUGCAACCAUUCAGUUCCAAACACUCGACGUGACCCUGGACAAGGCCGUGAAGACUUACAGCUACAGCCUGGAAUCAGCUUCAGAUGCUAAAACCGGGAGUCCUGUCAUGGAGAAGAUCGGAAACGGUAUCAAAACUGUUACAGACAUGUCGGUUGAUUUGAUUCAGAAGAUUAUUGCCAAGUACUGAAAGCAAUAUUCCGAGAUAAGGACUGCAUUUUGGAUCAAUCAGAGGACUGUUUUUGAUUUCACACAUUUGGUUCUGUAAGCGGUUUGUCCCCAGAAUUGGAUUUCGUAGUCCAUGUGGCAGAUGUUAGUCACUGCAAGGUUUUAGAUGUAGAGACUUGCUUCUCUUGUAUAGUCCAGUUGACGAGAACAACAAAUCGGGUCACUUCAACGCCCAUAGAGGAUUGCAGUCUUCAUAUAAAAGCUUUCAAGAAUGUUUGUGCCUCCAUGAAUCAUACAAUAAACGAUGACUGAUAGUAAUUCUCUAAGUCACUGAUGAUCUCAUGUUUCUCCUCGAUUUGUCAUGCAGACUAUGAAGUUUUCCCUUUGGAUACGAGAUUAAGACUGUGUUUCAUUGAAUUGUUACAAAUUUAUCAUGAAGCACUCUUCAUGUGUGAGCAUGGCAGU